AUGUAUAUACACGGCCAAAGCUGGCGUUUUAGAAUAUCUCCACUUUCUCAUUCUAUACAUUGCAUCUUCUGGGUAGAGAAGCCAGCUAAUAUUAGUGAAGAAUUAAACGCAUUUCCUAAAUCACAGAACUCUUCGGAGAGUGAUCUCCGAAGAAAGAGAGAAUCGGGCAACCAAUCUCCGAAGAGUGAAAACGCAUCUCCUAAAUCACAAAACUCUUUGGAGACCGAUCUCCAAAUAAAGUAAAUAGAAGCAGCAUGGCGAAGCCUUUUUCUCUACCUUCUCUGUGCAAUCUUGUACAGCCAUCUACAAUCAAGAGCCGCUGCAGUACUCGUCUUCAUAUGACCAUGCAAGUAAAAGCUCAGAGCUUAGAUGAAGGUAGAUCAAGGAAUAUUGUGGAUUCAAAUUUGAGCGUUUUAAGAGAGAAGAUGGCAGUCGUUAAGAUGAGGGAGAGACUUGAGAAAUAUUGCUGCAAACACCAACAAAAUGGUUGGAAUUAUUCACCGGGAUAUAAUUACAAACUCAGAAGAGCAAGCGAGGUAUCGACGUUCUUUGAGCUCAUACGUUUGGUGGGAGUGACUCUUGGUUUUACCUGUUUUACUGCUACAUUCUUCCUUGUCCUUGUAUCAAUCUUGGUUCGUUUGAAUCAAUGGUAAUGCUAUAUGUAUGGAUGAACGUCUGUCUUUAUAAUAAAAAAAAAAGUGUACAUCUCUUUCCCUCCCUUUAA